UGAGACGAGAUAAAAGGCCGACGUGACGUGACAGUUGGUACGCAGAUCCCAUUUAAUCUUCCACGGUACAACUUGUCUCUUCCGCAACUCAUCUUGAAAAUGAAGUCUGUAAUUGUGAGCCUGUCAGUGUUGAGCUUGUUGGUCGGCGUUUCGGAGGCGUGGUUUCUCAAUCUCAAGUCCGGCAAAUCUGACAAAGCGGCCACAGUGACGUCAGCACCGAAUUCACGAAAAGUGAUUUUGGUAGCCAAGAAGGUCUACGUUCCGAUGUACGCGUCUGACGACACAACCUCAGCAGUUGCCGACCGACUUCUGCCCAUCUCUCCUGCACUGACAUCUACUGAUGGAACUGUGACGGGUGGACGCCAACAGCCAAUAGCCGUCGACUAUUCUUCGAUGUAUCUUCAACCUCCUCCAGUUGCGUCAUACGCCAUGUACGCUCCCGCUUCAGCUAACGUGGCUGCCGCUUACGCAGCUCCUGUUCAGGUCCCUGUUGUUGUUGCUGACCAGGGUGUUGCACCCCAACAAUUGGCAGUUUAUCCCGCUGGAUACGGAGCUGCUGGCCCGCAGUUCGUCCAAUACGCCGGUGCUCCGCAGAUGUCUGAUGGGACUUGGGUGAUGCAGUACGCCGGAGCUGGAGAUGCUGUUGCUGCUGGUGCGCCUUUCCCGCCAACAGGAAACGACAAAGAGACGGUUGCCGAUGGAUCUGCAGUUCCGGUUCCAAUUGAAGCGUAUGCAAAUGUUUGACUGCAGUGAUCGCGCAUAGUUUUUACUUUUUAUUUUAACAUUAUUUAAUUCGUGCGAAUAAUUGACUACGUAAGAAAUUGAAUGGACUUUUUAACUUCUUCAAACUCGGCUUGCUGGGCUUGCAAGUGCUGUGUAAGUUGAAGGUGAUUGCUUCCUAGAAUGUCCAAUUUCGCUUCAUAAUCUAAACGGAGCUUUUCGUCAUCGAUCCGGCGUUUUUCCUCAAAACGCACUUGACCUUCCUGUAUUUACUUGACACAAUCUAUAUUUGCUAAAAAUACUGUAUAUAAUACAUUUGCGCUUUUAACAAA